CCAAGAUGCCAGCCAAAGUUGCAGGAAAGAAAGGCGAGAAAAAAGCCGGAAAGGCUAAAGCCAUUGCUGAUGGAAAGAAGAAGAGGAGAGGAAAGAGAAGGGAAAGCUAUGCUAUCUACAUCUACAAGGUGUUGAAGCAAGUUCACCCUGACACUGGUAUCUCCAGCAAAGCCAUGGGCAUCAUGAACUCGUUCGUCAACGACAUCUUCGAGCGCAUCGCCACGGAAUCUUCUCGCCUUGCCCACUACAACAAAAAGUCGACCAUCAGCUCUCGCGAGAUCCAGACAGCUAUCAGGCUGCUUUUGCCCGGUGAACUGGCUAAACACGCCGUGAGUGAAGGAACUAAGGCCGUAACCAAGUACACCAGCAGCAAGUAAACUCACUUUGUGGGUUUUCCGCCAAAACAAACGGCUCUUUUAGGAGCCACCACAUGAUACUAAAGUCAAUGAUCAACGCAGUUUCCAACUGUGUUCGGUUUAUUGCUUCUAUCUCUUCAUCUGUUGGUGCCUUUCGCCCUUGCGCAAAAUAUCAUAUCGAUCGAGCGCAAAUUUGUUUCAGCAUGAUGCUAACAAUCAAAUUUGCGCUCGAUCGAUUUAUAUCGGCCAUACUUCUCUAUAGCACGAUU